AAGAAUUGAAUUGAGGAAUAACUGAAAGGAAAACGCCUGUGUGGUAAGUCAGGAUUUUACACUGGUUAACAGCUAAGCAAUAUAGUUCGCCGCGAUGGAAGAAAAAUGUUUGUUUGUGAAGCGUGUACCGUUUCCUUUGUAAACAUCAGAAAAGGCGAAAGAGCGGUUAAAUGACCUCACGGAAGCCCAAUGUACAUCUUCAAACUAAUCGAGGAAAUUUCAAUUUUAGAGUUUCCAUUUUCUUUCGUUUCCUUUUCCUCGCCAAACUGCAACGUGGUCUACUGACAGGGACGGCAAUACAUUUUAAACACAAUUUGGAACAUUACUCAUGUUCGCGUGGGAAAACCCUUUGUAAAGAAAAAAACACCUGACUUCCAAGUGCUGUAAAAGCUUUUGCUUACUUGCAUUUAAGGCUCAGCCCAUGUGAAGCCCGAAAUCUCGAGAUCAGGAGAAGUGCUAUUUCUCUUCAAGUUGGGCGCUAUGAGUUUCGAUGAAGUUGAAUCUAGGCAAGAAACGUUAGAGGUGGAGUUAAGCAUCUUUAGGCGACUGAUUAUAUAGAAACGUUUCAGCAAAACCAGCUGUUAAGGCUAGAACUUCUUUCUGUGAUGCGUGUACAAUUUCGUGCGCAAAAUUAUGUUAUAUCUCCACUCGGUCAGGAGAUCAUAUUCAUGUAAAAGAGGGGCACUGCCACAUUGUCUAGGCAUGCUUGAAACUGCCCAACAUUUGGAGAAAACGACUAUUGUACACUGAUUCUGCGAAUUUCUGGAAGAGUUCCGGGAUCGUCCAUUCGGAGCUGUUUGAGAUGCCUUUCUGCACUUCCUGCUUCCUCUUAAGCUGGAAAGUAGAGAAUUAACAACCCUUGAAAGGAAAUGUGGGCCAUACGACGCAAAGAAAAAUUCUUUGUUCUCGGCAGGUUUGAACCCAUGACCUCUCGCAUUUUGGUUUUUAUUACGCACCUUUUCCCUCCAGAAAUACCUGUAUUGAAAAAUGCAGGUAGUGGUGCGACUGAAAUUCAUCUGAUCAACACGCGCUAGAUCUGUAAGUUAAGUAAGAUCUUCACUUAUUUGAAAAACAACUGAAGGUGGUGAUAGAUUAUCUCAGGAAACAUUUGCAGCACUUAAUUUUCCUGGUUUGACAGAUUUCAUAUUUCUCAUGUCACUGCGAUCAUCUGUAUCAACAAUGAUCGCUUGGGCACUUGAAUCUUAUCAUUAUUAAAAAGAGAUGAACGCGAUUCUAGUCGAAAACGCUCAGUAUAUAAACAACGUUAUACAAUGUAGUUUAGAUUGCUCUCUGAAAUUUAGAGAUACCGUGCAUGUCUGUCCGAGUACAAUUGCAGUUUAAAUUCGUAUUUGCUUGUAUAAUAUUCCAUACAACUGAACACCUGCGAAAUCCAAACUUAAUAUUAAGAGCAUCAAGAAAGUGUCACAGAAGCAAAUCAAGACAAAUAAGAACAAGGGAAAAACGCUGAUUUCAGUGAAACUGAGUAAGCCUUGUUAUGCCCAGCGAGACUGCAUACGAAUGCGUACGUUAACAACUGCCUUUGUAAGUCUCUAUCUAAUGUUCACAAACAUUAGAAUCUUCGCCGCAAAGACCAGCUGUUUAAGUAUGCUAAGUUUCAACUUGUCCUCUGUGUCGCAGUAUUGACAAAUUGUGCUUGUGUCAUCUGUCUAAACUUCAAGCAAACCACCCUGUUGAGCACGAAUUUGAAACAUUUCAGUUUUUAGCAGGAUAAACCUUAGGAGAUAACAACGAAAUAUCGUAGAUGUGUCCGGAACUAUUCAGCACUCCCAGCCUAUUUUUGUGUUAUACAUUCCAGAGAAACGUAUUAUUCAUUAGCCUAUGUAAAUCCUUCCCCUACAUAGGCUUAUUGUUCAUCUUCUUGCGGCAGGGAUGAGUUGGUCUUGACUCAUAUAUAUUUAAUACUUUAUUGGUAUUUUCAGCUAGUUGAAUUUUAAUUAUUUCACUUGCCUGUAAAUUAAUUGAUUAGUUUAAUACAGGGGUGUUAUUCACAGAAAAGCAUUGUAUCUGUAGUCACUGCAACUUUGAGUUCCGCCGAAUAUUAAUACCUUGCCAUCCCUAUUUAUCUGUGAUGGAAUCCCGAUUUUCCUUCUCCCUCCUAUCUCAGGCGACGCUAGUAAAUUUACCUUCGAUUUUUGAACCAACUUCUGUUCCCCUUAGUGGCUCAAAAAAUCGAGACUUCACUGUAUUACGACGAGCGUCCUAUCCAGUGUUAGUAGCCAUACUUGCGGUCGCUUCGAGAACCUCUUCGAGAUACCCGGAGAUAUCCGACAGUAUCCAUACACGAGUCCCACUAACAAACUCUUCCGUAAGGUCUUCACCCAGAAUACAAGUGAUACACACGCACCCCACGCAGUUCGAAUGUUUUGUUUACAAAUAUUGAAUUUUACAACAAGCUUACGUGUGUCAUAAAUAUGAGCAAACUUCCCAUUGGGUAGUGCUAUGUCACUUGCCCUAUAUUCUGUCAUUCUACAGUUUUUGAUUUUCUAACUGGUAACAAAUUAGGAACAUGGAUACCUCCUGCUGCCUAUUAUAUAUUAUAGAUGCUGUCGCAGGGUUUCUGGCUUUCGUCGCUUGUCGGAAGUAUCAAAUAGGAACUCUAAAACCGACCGACUUCGACACAGCAUACUCUGGUGAUGCUGCAUUACACGUUUGGAAAAUGGUGCUUUCUCGUCAGGAAACGUUUUUGUUAUUUCUCGCGUAUAACUUUGUAGGAAUAAAAUGUGGCUCCUCGAAAGAAACUACCGGAAACUGUUCUUUUGAUGAGAACACACUGUGCAGUUGGUCUAACGACAAUCGUACCGACCACUUUGAUUGGCAGCUUAGGCGAGGAAGCUCUCCUAGCAAUAACACAGGACCGACCAGCGAUCAUUCAGGUGAUGGCUCAUAUAUCUGCAUCGACACUUCACUUCCUCGUAAAUAUGACGAGAAGGCCAGGCUCAACAGCCCUUGGCUGAGAGGCGCACAGCGGAUGACGUUUUACUACUUCAUGUACAGCAGCACUGUUGAGUCCCUGUCUGUGUAUGUUAGAAGCAAUGGUAGUGAUCGUGACGAAAGGAUAUGGAGUCGCUAUGGUAACCACUUAUCAAGCAACUGGACUAAGGGCUGCGUGGCUGUAAACAUCAGUGGGACCUACCAGGUAGAAACCUUUUGGGCUAAAUUAUGCGGUUAUUUCUUUAAAGAUUAA